AUGUUUUUCUUUAUUUGUUUCAUUCAAAUUUCUUCUUCUUCUUCUUCUUCUUCUUCUUCUUCUUCUUCUUCUUCUUCUAUCCUCCUCCUCCUUUUUCCUCCCCCUCCUUUUUCUUCUAUUAUAUUCCUUCUGUUGUUGCUUCUGUUUUCCUCGGUUCUUCUAUUUUCCUUCUGCCUCUUCAAUUAUUUUCCUCCUCCUCCUCCUCCUCCUCCUCCUCCUUCUUCUUCUUCUUCUUCUUCUUCCAUCCACCCUCCUCCUGCUUUUUCCUCCCCUCCUUCUUUUUCCUCCCCUCCUUUUCUUCUAUUAUAUUCCUUCUUCUUCAAUUAUUUUUCCUCCUUCUUCCUUUUUCUUUUCUUCUCCUCCUCCUCCUCCUUUUUCCUCCCCUCCUUUUUUUCUUCUAUUAUAUUCCUUCUGCUUCUUCAAUUAUUUUCCUUCUUCUUCUUCUUCUUCUUUUUCUUCUUCUUCUAUCUCCUCCUCCUCCUUUUUCCCUCCCCCUCCUUUUUUCUUCUAUUAUAUUCCUUCUUUCUUCAAUUAUUUUCCUUCUUCUUCUUCUUCUUUUUUUCUUUUCUUCUUCUUCUAUCCUCCUCCUCCUUUUUCCUCCCCCUUUUUCUUCUAUUAUAUUCCUUCUGCUUCUUCAAUUAUUUUCCUUCUUCUUCUUCUUCUUUUUCUUCUUCUUCUUCUAUCCUCCUCCUCCUUUUUCCUCCCCCUCCUUUUUCUUCUAUUAUAUUCCUUCUGCUUCUUCAAUUAUUUUCCUUCUUCUUCUUCUUCUUUUUCUUCUUCUUCUUCUAUCCUCCUCCUCCUCCUUUUUUUCCCCCCUUUUUUUUUUCCUAUUAUAUUCCUUCUGCUUCUUCAAUUAUUUUCCUUCUUCUUCUUCUUCUUUUUCUUCUUCUUCUUCUAUCCUCCUCCUCCUCCUUUUUCCUCCCCCUCCUUUUUCUUCUAUUAUAUUCCUUCUGCUUCUUCAAUUAUUUUCCUUCUUCUUCUUCUUCUUUUUCUUCUUCUUCUUCUAUCCUCCUCCUCCUCCUUUUUCCUCCCCCUCCUUUUUCUUCUAUUAUAUUCCUUCUGCUUCUUCAAUUAUUUUCCUUCUUCUUCUUCUUCUUUUUUUCUUCUUCUCUUCUAUCCUCCUCCUCCUCCUUUUCCUCCCCUCUUCUAUUAUAUUCCUUCUUGCUUCUUCAAUUAUUUUCCUUCUUCUUUUUUUCUUCUUCUUCUUCUAUCCUCCUCCUCCUCCUUUUUCCCCCCUCCUUUUUCUUCUAUUAUAUUCUUCUGCUUCUUCAAUUAUUUUCCUUCUUCUUCUUCUUCUUUUUUUUUCUUCUUCUUCCUUCCUCCUUUUUUCCUCCCCCUCCUUUUCUUCUAUUAUAUUCCUUCUGCUUCUUCAAUUAUUUUCCUUCUUCUUCUUCUUUUUAUUUCUUCUUCUUCUAUCCUCCUUUUUUUUCCUCCUAUUAUAUUCCUUCUGCUUUUCAAUUAUUUUCCUUCUUCUUCUUUCUUUUUUUUUCUUCUUCUUCUUCCUCCUCCUCCUCCUUUUUUCCUCCCUUUUUUUCUUCUAUUAUAUUCUUCUGCUUCUUCAAUUAUUUUCCUUCUUCUUCUUCUUUUCUUCUUCUUCUUCUAUCCUCCUCCUCCUCCUUUUUUCCUCCCCUCCUUUUCUUCUAUUAUAUUCCUUCUGCUUCUUCAGUUAUUUUCUUUCUUCUUCUUUUCUUUUUCUUCUUCUUCUUCUAUCCUCCUCCUCCUUUUUCCUUCCCCUCCUUUUCUUCUAUUAUAUUCCUUCUGCUUCUUCAAUUAUUUUCCUUCUUCUUCUUCUUUUCUUCUUCUUCUUCCUCCUCCUCCUCCUUUUUUUUCCCCUCCUUUUUUCUUCUAUUAUAUUCCUUCUGCUUCUUCAAUUAUUUUCCUUCUUCUUCUUCUUCUUUUCUUCUUCUUCUAUCCCUCCUCCUCCUCCUUUUCCUCCCCCCCUCCUUUUUUCUUCUAUUAUAUUCCUUCUGCUUCUUCAAUUAUUUUCCUUCUUCUUCUUCUUUUUUUCUUCUUCUUCUUCUUUUCCUCCUCCUUUUUUCCUCCCCCUCCUUUUUUCUUCUAUUAUAUUCCUUCUGCUUCUUCAAUUAUUUUCCUUCUUCUUUUUCUUCUUCUUCUUCUUCUAUCCUCCUCCUCCUCCUUUUUUCCCCCUUUUUUUCUUCUAUUAUAUUCCUUCUGCUUCUUCAAAUUAUUUUCCUUUUCUUCUUCUUCUUUUUCUUCUUCUAUCCUCCUCCUCCUCCUUUUUCCUCCCCCUCCUUUUUCUUCUAUUAUAUUCCUUCUGCUUUUGUUUCUGUUUUCCUCGGUUCUUCUAUUUUCCUUCUGCCUCUUCAAUUAUUUUUUUUUAUUUAUUUAUUUUCUGUAAAUUCUUUUUCUACACAAAAUUUUUUUCGCUGCAUUUCGAUAUAUUUCGCUUUUCUUUCUUUCUUGCUUUCUUUCUUUCUUUCUUUCUUUCUUUCUUUCUUUUCUUUCUUUCUUUUUCCUAAUAUCCCUAUUGAUUUUUUCUUUUUCUUUUCUUCAUUGUUUGUUUUUUUCACUUUUCUAUAUUACACCUUUUUCUUUCUUUGUUUCUUUCGUUUUUCUUUCUUUCUUUCUUUCUUUCUUUCUUUCUUUCUUUCUUUCUUUCUUUCUUUUCUUUUUCCUAAUAUCCCUAUUGAUUUUUUCUUUUUCUUUUCUUCAUUUUUCAGCCUCUAUCACAUCCUCCUCAUGACAACAAUUUAUUUACCAUUUAUAUCUAAAUGCAAAGCGUCCAUUUCUUUUCUUUUCAUUUCCUUCAGCCACAAAUUCUCGUUCGUAAUCUCGUACUUUGCUGAUAGUCAAAUAUACUUUAUUAUGGCUUUUAUUUUUUCUGAAACCGCCAGCAAGAGUUGA